AUGUACAAGCUCGCCGUCCUCUCCUUCUUGUCCGUGGCCCUGGCCGCUCCGGCCCUGCCCAAGCGUGACAGCCCGGCUCCCCUUAUCCGCUCGCGCAAUGCCAACCUCAUCCCCGGCAAGUAUAUUGUCAAGAUGAAGGACGGCAUUCCCGCUGCCACCCUGCAGGACGCCAUUGACACGGCCGACUCUGCCCAAGUCGACCACGUCUACAAGGCCGACGGUGCUUCUUUCCGUGGCUUUGCGCUCCGUCUGGACUCUCAGGGCCUUGCCAACUUGCGUGACCACCCGGGCGUCGACUACAUUGAGCAGGACGCCAUUGUCAAGAUCGACACCUAUGUCACCGAGACGGCCAAUCCGCUACCUUGGGGCCUGGCCCGCAUCUCCCACAAAGCCAACACGUCCACGUCCUACACCUACGACGACAGCGCCGGCGACGGUACCUGUGCGUACGUCAUCGACACGGGCAUCUAUGUCGGCCACCCCGAGUUCGAGGGACGCGCCACGUGGCUCGCGAACUAUGCCGGCGAUGGCCAAAACAGCGACGGCAACGGCCACGGCACCCACGUGUCCGGCACCAUUGGCUCGGCUACGUACGGUGUCGCCAAGAAGACCAAGCUGUUUGCCGUCAAAGUCCUCGACAGCAGCGGCCAAGGCUCCUUCUCGGGUGUCAUUGCUGGCAUAGAUUUUGUUGCCCAGGACGCCGCCACCCGCACUGGCUGCAGUAAGGGCACAGUCGCCAACAUGUCCCUGGGUGGCGGCUUCAGCGCCGCCGUCAACAGCGCCGCCGCCGCCCUCGUCUCGGCCGGUGUAUUCUUGGCCGUCGCCGCUGGCAACUCCGCCGACGACGCCUCCUACUACUCGCCCGCCUCCGAGCCAACCGUGUGCACUGUGGCCGCCUCCGAGACGGUCGACGAUGUUGCCUACUACAGCAACUACGGCAGCGUCGUCGACAUCUUUGCGCCCGGCACAAACGUCCUGUCCACCUGGAUCGGCAGCACCACAGCCACCAACACCAUUUCGGGAACAUCCAUGGCCACGCCACACAUCACCGGCCUCGGUGCCUACUUGCUGGCCCUGCUCGGUCCCAAGGCUCCGCAAGCGCUCUGCGCAUACAUCCAGAGCACCGCUCAGAAGAAUGUGCUGACCGGUGUCCCCAGCGGCACCAUCAACGCUCUGGCCUUCAACAGCAACCCCACGGCCUAG